CCUAUACUGAGCUAACGCAGUCCAUCAACACACGUGUGUAGCGUACAUGAUGUCUCUUCCCGUCUUUGCACACGCAGUGGUUGAGUUCGUCGCGCUGGAACACCGAGCCCUGUACGGAACCUUCACUUAUUGCGGCUUCAGCAUCGGCGUCGUUCUUGGCAACGUGAUCGCGUACCUGAUCCGGGACUGGCGAAUUGUGCAACUGGUCAUCAUGAUUCCAACCACAUUGCUGUUCGUCGGCUUCUGGCUUCUGCCCGAAUCUCCCCGUUGGCUUAUUACGACACUGCGGAUCCAACAAGCGUGCGGGGCGGUGUCUCUCAUACUGCGCAAGAACCGGACACCUCCCAAAUCCAUCCGCAGCGUGAUCAAGCGCCUCAGGAGCCGUCCGAUCAGCAUGCUUCAUCAGAAGGGGGGCAUGUCAUCUCCAGAGUCUGGUGGGAGGCCAUCGCCGCGUCGGAAGGCCAGGGUAGACUGUAUAAUCGCUCUCAGCGCAUAUUCCGAAGUCCUUUGUACGAGACAAGAGUUCGGAAGAACACGCGUUGGGCCCUCUUCGUUUACGGUCAAACGUCGAAUUAAGGACCAGUUCUAACCAAAAAGUCAAUUAAACGAAGGGCCUUUCAUUACAGGAUACACACUCGUAUAGUCUUGCA